GAGGCGGAGGGGCGUGUCUUCGCGGACCAACCAAUGAGCGCGCAGCGGAGCAACAGGUGAGCCGGAGCCACACUCACCUGCAACACAACACCGAGGAGCAGGAAGAGGCCGCGGCUCGCUCCGUUCUCCUGGGACUUCACAUCCGAACCGGACCGGACCGGACCGGGAACCGGAGAGCAUCUCACCCCCCUCCCCGGCUGCAGCUCCAGGUCUGAGUGUAAUUAUUGUGACAGCAGCGGAGGAGUUCUCACCUGGAGCCGGAUUAAUAAUCUGCUUUAAUCCGCUUCAGUCGGUUCGGACAGCGAGCAUGGUUCCAGAACCAGAACCCAGCAGGGUCUAGUUUCCGGUGCUUCAAGUUUUUCUUUGUUUCUGGAGGGAUUCUGAUCCAAACCCGGCGCCAGCAUGAUCAGCUCCGAGGGCCUGAGGCCGAGCUCCAGCAGCAGGAAGCCGCUGGGGAAGCUCGCCUCCCGGCUGGAGGAGGUGAAGAACCCGUGGCGGCAGGGCUCCGCGCUGGAGCUCAGCCACAACGAGGCGGCGCGCCUGGCCACGGACGCGCUGCUGGAGCUCGGAGAGAAGGAGUACCGCCGGGUGCUGGCCGAGGAGCGCGAGCUCAACUUCCUGUCCCCGCUGGAGGUCCGGUACAUCACCCAGCACGGGUCCAGCAGAACCUGCGGCUCCGACCCCGGCUCCGGCUCUGAGCGGGACUUCGGGGACGGGGACGCCGUGUCCGAGCUCACCUCCGGGACCUACUUCCCCAUGAUGUCCGACGAGGAGCCGCCGAUGCUGGAGCUCGGCUGGCCCGAACCCCCGCUGAGGUUCGGCCCGUCCGAGACCCAGAUCUACUUCCAGAGGGACAAGACCCACAACAUCAAGGACCUGAUCCGGUCCAUGAUCAACAAGGCCAAGAAGGUGAUCGCUCUGGUGAUGGACGUCUUCACUGACGUGGACCUGCUGUGUGACCUGAUGGAGGCGUCCAACAAGAGACGAGUCCCCGUCUACAUCCUGCUGGACGACAAGAACCUGGACUACUUCACAGACAUGUGCUCAGCGUUGGACAUCCAGAACUCCCACCUGAAUAACAUGAGGAUCCGCAGCGUUUGUGGCGACACAUACUGCACCAAGAGCGGCAAGAAGUUCACGGGUCAGGUUCUGGAGAAGUUCCUGAUCAUCGACUGUGAAGAGGUGCUCGCCGGCUCCUACAGCUUCACCUGGCUCUCGGCUCAGGUGCACAGCAACAUGGUGAUGCACUUCUCAGGUUGUGUGGCGGACAGCUUUGAUCGGGAGUUCCGCUGUCUUUACGCCGACUCUCAGAUCAUCGACUGUUUCAACAACCAGGAGGAGGAGGGGCCGCCGUACUUCCCCCCAUUCCAGCCCAUGAUGGUCCCUGGGGUCAACGUGGGGAUGGGGGUCCUGGGGAUGGACCUCCUGUCAGACAGGCAGCGGGCCUUCUCUGAGAACUCCAGCAGCCACUCCAGUAACAGCGUGUCCAGCAUCAAGGCUGCCCCCGGGAUGAAGACCACCAACGUCUACAGCGUGACUCAGGGACACGACAAGGACCCCGCCGGCUCGUCUCACAUGAGCCCCGAGAGGAGGGGUUUAGGUGGACCACGGGUUUCUGGACAGACCCCGUCUGGACGAGGUUCUUCUAACGGAGGGACCGGCCACAACCCGAUCCCUGACCGCCCCCCGCCGUCCUACGGUCAGUCCAUCGGCCUGGACUGGACCAAGUCCAACCAGGACGUGAUGCGGGCCAACAUCGGCGGCACGUCUAACAAGUUUCAGGAUCUGGGUCUGUACGACCACAAACCGGCCAUGUUCCAGAACGCCCAGAACUCAAACCUGAACCCCAAGACCCAGAAAGCCCCGCCGGUCAUCGACACCAAGCUGAACCCAAAGCCCAGGACCCAGUCCUCCAACUCCAACCAGUUCCUCAACAAACUGACGGACUUGUUCCAUUCCCCGUCUUCCAAAGACAAAGAGACGUACAACUUCAGGAGGUCCCCCUCCCCCCACAGCACCUCCCCCUGGGGAGGACCGGACCUCUGUCAGCCCGAGCCGGAGAGCCGCCAGUGCCCGCCGCCCCCCACCUCCCCGCCGGGCUUCAUCAGCCGGCAGGACCAGAAGAGGUUUACUCUGGGCCACAGCAAGCUGGACCUGGUGAACCAGUACAACAAGAUGAAGCCCAAACAGGUCUACAGCCGCUUCGAGCUCAAGAGCACAAACUGAGACCCCCAAACUGUGCCCCCCCACACUGAGACCCCCCACAGACACUGAGCACCCCCACACACUGAGACCCCCCCAC